AUGUCGUCUUGCAAAUCCUGUUUCGAAAGACUUCCAAAUUUCUAUACUCCAAAAGUGUAUACUUUGGAACUAUAUCCAAAUGCUAAGGAAUCGACAUUCCAGGGAUUAGUGACCAUUUCAAUGACACUUUCGGAAUGCACUAAGCAAUUUAUUCUAAAUGCAAAGAAACUCGAAGUUGUCAACGCCAAAAUCAAGACUUCAGACUUUGAAUUGGCUGCCUCGGAAAAGGCGAUAGAGUACGAUGAUGAGCAGGAAAAAUUGACUAUAAAUUUUGAUGCCACUAUAUCGAAGGGUGAAAUUGAUCUUACUCUGAAGUACAAGGGUAUUAUGGCUGAUGACAUGCAUGGUUUCUAUCGUAGUACUACAAAAAAUGAUGAUGGAAAAGAAAGUAUCAUCUUGGCUACUCAAUUCGAGUCAACCUUUGCCCGUCGUGCUUUCCCUUGUUUCGAUGAGCCAGCUAAGAAGGCUAUCUUCCGGAUCUCCAUCGUUGCUCCUGAUCAUCUUGCUGUUCUUUCCUGCAUGUGGAGUGGAGUUGAGCUGGUUCUCCCUAAAGAUUCCAUAUUCACUAAACUUUGCUAUCAUGACUCUAACAAUUACAAAUAG